AUGGGUGCCUCAGUUCGAGACCACGAAAUUGUUAUACAGCGGCUCCUAGACGACGGGGCCAAGGUCGAUGCUAUAGACAAGAAUGGCAUAACGGCUUUGAUGUACGCCUCAGUUCGAGGCCACGACGAUGUUAUACAGCGGCUCCUAGACGGCGGGGCCAAGGUCGAUGCUAUAGACAACAAUGGCAUAACGGCUUUGAUAAGGGCCUCAGUUCAAGGCCACGACGUUGUUAUACAGCGGCUCCUAGACGGCGGGGCCAAGGUCGAUGCUAUAGACAACAAUGGCAUAACGGCUUUGAUGUACGCCUCAGUUCAAGGCCACGACGUUGUUAUACAGCGGCUCCUGGACGGCGGGGCCGAGGUCGAUGCUAUAGACGAGAAUGGCAUAACGGCUUUGAUAAGGGCCUCAGCUCAAGGCCACGACGUUGUUAUACAGCGGCUCCUAGACGGCGGGGCCAAGAUCGAUGCUAUAGACAACAAUGGCAUGACGGCUUUGAUGUACGCCUCAGUUCAAGGCCACGACGUUGUUAUACAGCGGCUCCUGGACGGCGGGGCCAAGAUCGAUGCCGCAGAUGUCGAUGGCUGGACGGCUUUAAUGCACGCCUCAGUUCAAGGCCACGACGUUGUUAUACAGCGGCUUCUGGACGGCGGUGCCAACGUAAAUGCUAUAGACAACAAUGGUAUAACGGCUUUGAUAAGGGCCUCAGUUCAAGGCCACGACGUUGUUAUACAGCGGCUUCUGGACGGCGGUGCCAACGUAAAUGCUAUAGACAACAAUGGUAUAACGGCUUUGAUAAGGGCCUCAGCUCAAGGUCACGACGUUGUUAUACAGCGGCUCCUAGACGGCGGGGCCAAGGUCGAUGCUAUAGACAACAAUGGUAUAACGGCUUUGAUGUACGCCUCAGUUCAAGGCCACGACGUUGUUAUACAGCGGCUCCUAGACGGCGGGGCCAAGGUCGAUGCUAUAGACAACAAUGGCAUAACGGCUCUGAUAAGGGCCUCAGUUUUUGGUCAGGACACUAUAACAAAGCUGCUUCAAGACAAAGGUGCUAAAAGGUGA